UGUGRAGCACAGCAGAGCAGGAGCAGAGCAGACAGGCGUACAGGAAGGACAGCGUUUAUUCAUUCACCAGAGGAGCACGCGUCUCCCUCUCUGUGUACGGCUGUGUAUUGUUAUUCUUAUUUUUUAUUUUUUUAUUUUUUUUAUUUUCCCAGAGUUCCACAAACUGAGCGUUUCCUCUAGGAGCUGCAUUCCUGACAGCAUCCAGAAUACUGUAUCCGAGGAGCAAGAUUUUUAUUUUUUAUUUUUAAUUGUUUAUUUUUAUUACCUUAAAGACAGUCUGCGUGUCGUGAAGACACUUGUGUUUAACCCCGUUCCCCCCAGAGACGCACACAAGGCGCACCGACUCUUCCUCUGGCAGGUCCACCUGGAUAGCUUCAAUAAUAAGAAGGGGGUCCGGUUCGGUUCGGUCAGGAGUCCAGAGAGGGGAGACGGAGAGGAGAAAAAUAACGCAGAGGACCGAGGAAAGAAGAAAGAAAACGGCAGGAUGAAGCUGAAGAGUAAUUUGAUUUUCACCCUCUACACUGUUUACGGGAUUCUUCUGAAAGUGAUGGCUUCAAAAGGCAAAGUUAGAGGUAUCAGCGGUCAGUAUCCCCUGGUUCAAAAUGUGACCGUGACAGAGGGCGGAACAGCGAACAUGACCUGCCGUGUGGAGUUUAAUGACAAUACCUCCCUCCAGUGGUCAAACCCAGCACAGCAGACACUGUUUUUUGGGGACAAGAAAGCUUUAAGGGACAACAGGAUUGAGCUUGUGCGUGCGUCGUCGUCAGAGUUGACCAUCAGCAUCAUUGAUGUCUCACUGUCAGACGAAGGCUUUUACACCUGCUCUCUUUUCACCAUGCCUGUCAGAACAGCCAAAGCUUACCUCACUGUUCUAGGUGUGCCAGAAAAGCCAGAGAUCAACGGCCUGACAAAGCCAGCCAUGGAGGGGGACCACAUCACUCUGACCUGCAUCACACAAGGCAGCAAGCCGGCCGCUGACCUGCGCUGGUUCAGGAACGAAAAGGAAGUCAAAGGUGCCAAAGAGGUGAAUGCAAGUGGGAAGACAUUUACAGUGCGAAGCUCUCUGCAGCUGCACGUGGACAGAAAUGAUGAUGGAGUGGCCUACACCUGCAGAGUGGACCAUGUGGCACUCGCACAGGCACCACAGCAAGCCACCGAAGUGUUGGAGGUCCACUACGCACCACGUGUGGAGAUCAUAAACUCCAUUGCACUCCCUCAGGAGGGACAGUAUUUAAAGCUGGAGUGUGUGUCCAGAGGAAACCCCUCGCCUGAUCCGGUGAUGUGGACAAAGGARGGAGGUGAACUUCCUGACCUGGACAGAAUAAUUGUUGAGGGYCGGGAGCUCACCUUUACUUCACUCAACAAGACAGACAAUGGCACCUACCGCUGUGAAGCUAGCAACCACCUAGGGACCAGCYGUGCUGAAUUUGUACUCUACGUCUAUGACGCCCCCACCACCCUGCCUCCAUCCACCACUCCCCCCCUACAUCCCAUCCCUCCAGAUCCUACUAUUCAGUUAAGCACCCACGCCUCAGACCCCACAGUCACUGGCAGCAGAG